GUUUCCGGCGGAAGCUUGAAGAUCAGAAAUGCGUCUAGCUUAACGCUGGUGGUGCUGAGGAGAGCCGAGCAUCUCCUUCUGCGGCAGGUCUCCACUAAGAGGCCGGCUGUGGCGGCAGCGGGGAGGAUGUGAGGCCGAAGACGUUUCCUGGUGUAAUUAUCACAAGUCCACCCGCGCCUGCUCUCCGUACCCCGACUGUCGCUGCGGGCACCCCCGGUUCAGUAAUGGUGGAUUUGACCGAAAGUGUCGCAUCGACGCCCGGACACAUCGGACAUGGACAGGGCUGCAGUAACGGCAGGAAAACGUCCAAAAAGUCCCGGACGAGACGAGGCAAACGAGGAAAGAGAAGACGGAACAAAAGGACCAGGAACAACAAAACCCCUCCACCGUUUCUACCACCGGAGGCAGAAGACGGAAACAUUGAAUAUAAGUUGAAGCUGGUCAACCCCACUCUGUACCGCUUCGAGCAUCUGGCCACACAGCUGAAGUGGCGUCUGCAGGAGGGCCGUGGGGAGGCGCUCUAUCAGAUCGGGGUGGAGGACAACGGCCUGCUGGUUGGUCUGACAGAAGCUGACAUGAAAGCUUCACUCAAGACCCUGAAGAGAAUGGCAGAGAAGGUGGGAGCUGACAUCACUCUUCUUCGGGAAAGAGAAGUGGACUAUGACCUGGACAGAACCACCAGGAAAAUUGCUGAAGUUCUCGUUAGAAAGGUUCCAGAUGAUCAGCAGUUUCUGGACCUGCGAGUGGCUGUUCUGGGUAACGUGGACUCGGGGAAGUCAACUCUGCUGGGAGUGCUGACACAGGGGGAGCUGGACAAUGGUCGAGGCCGCGCACGACUCAACCUUUUCAGACAUCUGCACGAGAUUCAGACUGGACGCACCUCCAGCAUCAGCUUUGAAAUCCUGGGCUUUAACAGCAAAGGGGAGGUGGUGAACUACAGCGAGUCACGGACAGCUGAGGAGAUAUGUGAGAGCUCAUCCAAGAUGAUCACGUUCAUUGACUUGGCAGGUCAUCACAAGUACCUAAAGACCACUGUGUUUGGCCUCACUAGCUACUGCCCUGACUUUGCCAUGCUUGUGGUGAGCGCCAACACUGGCAUAGUCGGGACAACUCGUGAGCACUUGGGCCUGGCCAUGGCGCUGAAAGUCCCCAUCUUCAUCGUGGUCAGUAAAGUGGACCUGUGCUCCCGCGGCACUGUGGAGCGAACGGUCCGCCAGCUGGAGCGAGUCCUGAAGCAGCCGGGCUGUAACAAGGUCCCCAUGGUGGUGUCCAACCCUGACGACGCCGUGACCGCAGCGCAGCAGUUCACUCAGUCCUCAUGCGUCACGCCCAUCUUCACCCUGUCCAGUGUGUCUGGAGACAGCCUGGACCUCCUGAAGGUGUUCCUCAACAUUCUCCCUCCACUGAGCAACAGCAAGGAGCAGGAGGAGCUGAUGCAGCAGCUCACCGAGUUUCAGGUGGAUGAGAUCUACUCAGUUCCUGAUGUUGGGACUGUUGUGGGAGGAACUUUGUACAGUGGUGUGUGCAGGGAGGGAGAGCGGCUGGUCGUCGGCCCAACGGGCGAGGGCCGUUUCCUGCGUCUGAAGGUGGGCAGCAUCCAGAGGAACCGCUCAGCCUGCAGGGUGCUGAGAGCCGGACAGGCAGCCACACUGGCUCUGGGAAACUUUGACCGCUCACUGCUGCGCAAGGGUAUGGUGAUGGUCAGCCCGAAGAUGAACCCGACCAUCUGCUGUCAGUUUGAAGCUGCCAUCGUCCUCCUCUUCCACGCUAAAACGUUCAGGCGGGGGUCACAGGUCACCAUCCAUGUUGGGAACGUCAGGCAGACUGCUACUGUGGAAUGCCUUCAUGGAAAAAACGAGCUGCGGACAGGUGAGAGGGCCGUGGUUGGCUUCCACUUCAUCAAGCAUCCAGAGUACCUGCGACUGGGCGCCAAGCUGCUCUUCAGAGAGGGCGUCACCAAGGGGAUCGGUCACGUCACACGCCUGUUUCCUCCCUCCCAGAACCAUCAGAAACCAUGAAAACGUCUCAGUCAUCCUCCAUCCUGGGGUCCAGAGCUUAGAGAAGACCUUCCUGGGUCUACGUUUGUGUCCUCAUCUAUGCCAGAAUGCUUGUUUGAAUCAAAAGUUGUACAUUAUUGUUAUUAUUGCACAAAAGGAAUAAAUAUAAAAGAAAAAUCCCA